CGUUAGUUGGUACAAAUGCCCUCCUGAAACGACGACGGUCGACGCGAAACGGUAUGCAUUCUCUGUGGAAAAACGUGGUUAGACCUGGUUCUAUGGUUGUACCACAUUUUAGAAGAAGAUUUAGUGAUAAUCUACCUGUGCUUACUUUGUAUACAAAGGAACAAUGUUCGCUUUGUGAUGAUGCAAAGGAAGUUCUACAGAAAUUCUCAAAUAAGUUCGUGCUGAAAGAGGUUGAUAUAACAGCACCAGGAAAUGAGGAAUGGAAACGACUUUACCAAUAUGAUAUCCCCGUCUUUCACUUCAAUGGCAAAUACCUCAUGAGACACCGAGUGGAUGAAGAUCUGUUUCACAAAAAACUUGAAGAGAAAUUGAUCAUAUGACCAAGUAAUCCAUGAAACUGUGUGGUAUAAAAUUUCAAUUAUGGCAAUUCAAAGAGCUAUCUUCUGUUCACCAGUGAUGUUCUCACAACAGCUUAGAUUCUGGAUCAAACGGCAGGUUUGCCAUAGAUUUUCACAUUUCUCACAGGGUUCUGUUCAAAGCUACGCCUCUCAUAUACAGAGCAGGACUAACUCCAGUAUUUUCCAUAGUGCACCUAUUAGAGUGAAGACCAGCAUAUCAAAGCAACAUAAAGAAAUCAAAAAGCUUCAUAAUAGCAAUGAUGAUUCCGAUUCAAGAGCUUCACCAUAUAACAACCACCUACACGUUAAUUCUGACCAAGCUUCUGCUGGAUCAGAUAAAUUGAAUGGUGAAAGAGCAGGUGAUCUGUCUGCUAAUUCAGAAACAACUGUUGAUAUAACGAGAGUUAAUGAUGUAGACAUGAGAAAUACAGAUCCUUCCUCGUACAUGCCAGAGCUAUUAGAAACAAAGUUGACCAACCAAUCCUCAUCUCGAAGGCUCGUGAACAUCUACACCGAUGCUUCUGGUCGCUACGGUCUUGGCUGUGUGUGGGACAAGAAGUGGGUUGUCAGCCAAUGGGAAGAUGAAUGGCUCUCCAACAACUACCGCUGCAUGGAACUCUUAGAGAUGAAAGCUGUCCUGGUGGCAAUCUUAACCUGGGGUCAUGACUGGACUGGAUCCGUCGUCCGGGUCCACUGUGACAACAAGAUUGUGGUUGACUACUUCAAUCACAGGGCUCGGCUCCAUCAGAAAGUCUCAGAGGUCUAUAAGUCCAUCAAACUUGCUGCAUGUGAGUGUGGUUUUGAACUGGUUGUGGAGCAAGCCAACAAGUGUCAUGUUCAGUUUCAAGGAACGGAUAGUUUGUCUAAACUGGAUUUUAGUAGGUUUCAUAAGCUGCUUCCGGACAUGAAUAGUGUGCCUGAUUUUCCACCAAGUGAUCUGGAGUUCUUGCUACCAAACAUGUGGGAAAAAGUAUGUGUGUCUGUCAAACUUCGAAGUUCAAACAGCCUUUUAGGCAUCAGAUGAUAUAUUGAAAGGGUUAGUGUGUUUGAGGUGAUGAAUCUUGACAUUUAUAGUUGCCAAAUGAAAUAAGAUUUUCAUAUUAUUGACUGUCUGUAUAUCAGGAAGACAUUCAAAUGGGGUGGUGUUUCACAAAGAUUUAAGUCUGACUAAAAUCCCACUUAAAUUCUGAGUUGCAUGUGUGAUAUAUAUGUACUGCAUCACUGAAUUCAAUGGUCGGGGGAGGCGUGUUAACCAUGUUUAUGAAAUAGCAUGUUGAAUUACGUGUGUGCCUUGGCCCUUUUGCAUGAUUUAGAGUUCAACUCUUUGUGUCACCCCUUGAUACCCAUAUAUGAGAAAGGAAAGCAUGUUGGCCCAAAUUCACAACUCUGGUGAAAAGAUGGUUCUUGAAUCCAUGGUUUACAGUUCAUGCCAUGAUAUGCAGAUUCCAUGCAUUAGUUAUGUGUGAUAAAGCAUGUAGAUGAAGAAAGGAUAAAAAAUUGAAUGAAUUCAUGGAUCUUUGUCAUUGUAAUAAAUACAACAUUGUUGCUAUGGUUUGAACAUAAAUAAGCCCACAGCUUAAUACUGUUAAUAUGAAUUUAUUUGCAUAAUCAAUGGACCCAUACUCUCAUAUGGCUUCAUAUUUUAUUUCUAGCAUAUCACAUGCACAUUAUUAGAAUGAAGUGUGUACAUGUAGAUCACUGUUAGACAUGAAACAUGCACAGCCAGGAUGAACACAUAAUGUAGAGUAUGAGUGUUGAUUGUAACAAACCAAGUUAAAUGGCAAUGCUAUACUCUUUUGUUUGUAGAUCUAUUCUACAACAUAAUUCAAAUACUUUCAAAUGUGGUGAUCAUGGUAUGAAAAUUUGAAAAUUAUUUUUAUGUGAAACGUUUCUUUCUUAAAAUUGGCAUAAAGAAUGAUAUCCUUCUUUUUAUUCUUAUCCAUAAUCAAAUUUUACUUGUGUGUGAAUAUGAUUAAUAUUCCAAAUAAUAUCUUAUGAUCACAUUUAUGAUGAUAUCCUGCAUCUAAAUAGCAAUGAUAAUUUAUGACAUUGCAUGUUAUAUACUUUUUACUCUCUUGUGUUUAUUUAAAAAAAAAAUACAUUUCAUUGAAUUUGAUUUGUGCUCAUUGUCAGUAUUAAAGAAUGAAGAAUGGUUGGCAGAUA